AUGGUAGCAAUUGACCAUUGCUUAUCUACAUAUGACAAAUCUGAAUCCAAGAAGGCUUUUAUUAUGAAGUCUCAUUCUUUCGCCUUAAUCAUUUCAAUAUUCUUUAGCUUUAUUCCACCCACGUCACUCACUGAAGUAAACGAUUUAACGGCAAGACUUGAAAAGUUGGAACAAAAUAUUACUUUAACUUUACAAGAGGUAGACCAUAACUUUUCAGCGUGUCAAUAUAAAGUUACAACGAAGGUUUUGCCACAAAUAACGCGUUUUGCUUGCGUUUCCGAGGACAUUUGGGAAAAUUCAAAGUUGUGGUGGUCAUUUUUUGAGUCUUUAGAUUUAACUACAAAUGAUACAUUUUCAGCAACAUCUUCUGAAGAUUAUAUCAAUUUGAAAAAGAGACUUAUUAUUAAUGAAACUUCUUCACUUAAAUCUGAAACAAGUAAAGCAACGGCAACUAAUUCGAUGUUAAAUAAUCUUCCAAAGCAUGUUUCCGAGUCUUUAAAUCCAAAUUCAACUGCAAAUGAUACAAUUUCAGCACUAGAUUAUAUUGAUUUGAAAAAGAAUUUUGAUAUUAAUGGAACUUCAUCAUUAAAAUCGGGAACGAGUGAAGCGGCUGCGACCAAUUCGAUAUUAAAUAAUCCUUCAAAAUAUAAUUCUCUGACUUCGACUCCUUUACAAGAACCACAAUAUGCUCACAAGAUGUUACAAUCACCCUCAUGGGGAAGUAAAAAGAUUGAAAUAAAAAAAUCUUCAAACGAAAGUACUUUAACUAGUGAUUCAAUUGUUUUACCAUCAAUGGAUAGUGAUUAUGAUUUUGCUGGGAUUUCACCACCUGUUACAAUUCAAUUUUCUGUGGCACCCUCUAAAUUACUAAAAACACCUGCAAAAGAAGCUGCUAAACUUAUUAUGGACGAACUUGUUAGUUGUUUGAGUCCCGAUAUUACAACUCCAUCUAAUUCAAAUAAAGAUGGAUUUACGAUUUCCUCCUUACUUAGCGAUAUUAAUCGUAGAUAUCAAGUUUAUUCGCCCGGUUAUAAAAUGGAUCGCGUUCAUGUUGAUUAUGUAGGUGAAAAACUAACUGCAAAGAAGAAUGAUACUUAUUAUCAAGUUAAAUCUACUUCUCUAGCACAAUCAAAUCCAUUGGGAACGUUCGCUGCUGGUGGUAGCAUGCAGCAAUUAUUUACUUCUGAAUGUAUUGAUGACGAUGAAAGUGAAGAUGAUACUAUGAAUUCGCCUUGUCCAGCUGGCCCAGUUGUAAAAAGUGAAUCAAUUGUAGAAUAA